AUUGAAAGAGAAGCAAGAGUAUGCAGACCUCUGAUGUUUUGAAGUCUGAAUCAUCAAGCAAGAGUCUACGCGGUUCAACCUCACCCUCCUGCAGUGGACCUCUUCACAUCAUUGUAUAAAUUUGUUCUUCACGUUAAUGGCUCUUACAGGCUUUUCAGUGUAUGUGAAGCACCAGAGUAUUUUGGUAGAAGGCAUUGAUUUGGAUAUGUAUUUCUUGAAAGUUCUUUAUUGUGAUGUGAAAUCAUUGUCUAAUAAACAGAAUCCAUACUCCCAAAAAGUCACACCCCCAACUUCUCACUCUCUCUCUCCUCUUCUGUUCGCCCUGUCUUGAAUUAAUCGAGAAGUUAGAAAAAAAGGAGAGGAAGAAGAAUAUGGACGAUAGCUCUCUGCAGCUCAAGAAAAUGAAGCCAGAGCUUGAGGAAGAAGAUGAAGAAGCUGCAUCAACGAUCCAGCGAAAAACGAAACCAAAGGGCGGUCUUGUCACAAUGCCCUUCAUCAUAGCAAAUGAGGCACUGGAGAAGGUGUCAAGCUAUGGGCUAUUGCCAAACAUGAUACUGUAUUUGAUGAACGAUUACGGGAUGAGUGUGGCCAAAGGCCAGAAUUUACUAUUCUUUUGGUCAGCUGCCACCAAUUUCUUGCCUUUGCUUGGUGCUUUUCUCUCUGAUUCUUAUCUGGGUCGUUUCCUUACCAUUUCCCUUGGUUCAAUUUUCAGCCUCUUGGGGAUGGUUGUGUUGUGGCUGACGGCAAUGGUUGCGAAACUAAGGCCUCCAGAAUGCACCCGACCAAAUCCGCAACCGUGUAAAUCCGCGGCCACAUCGGCACAGUUCUUUGUCCUGGUCACUUCCUUCGUGCUGAUGUCCAUUGGUGCAGGCGGCAUAAGACCAUGUUCUUUAGCUUUUGGGGCAGACCAGCUGAACAAGAAGAAAGACAACCCUCGGAACCAAAGGGUGUUGGAGAGCUACUUUGGUUGGUACUACGCCUCCGCUGCAAUCUCAGUCAUGAUUGCUCUCACUGCCAUUGUCUACAUUCAAGAUCAUUUUGGCUGGAAAGUUGGGUUCGGAAUUCCGGCCCUUCUCAUGUUAGUGGCUGCCACCCUCUUCAUUCUUGCCUCUCCUUUGUAUGUCAAGGGCAAGAGUAGCGGCAAUCUGUUUAGCCGCUUUGCCCGCGUGCUGGUGGCUGCUUUCAAGAACCGGCACCUCCCUCACCCACCAUCUCAAAUCCCUUGUUAUUACCAUUUCAACAAAGGUUCAGAAUUCAUGGUGCCCACUGACAAAUUAAGGUUCUUAAACAAGGCGUGCAUCAUCAAGAAAGCUGAAGAUGUGAAGGCAGAUGGCAUUCCAGCAAAUCCAUGGGAGCUAUGCAGUGUUGAUCAGGUUGAGGAGCUAAAAGCUCUGUUAAGAGUGAUCCCAUUAUGGUCCACUGGGAUAAUGUUAUCCAUCAACAUAAGCCAAAGUUCAUUCCCACUAAUACAAGCGAGCUCCAUGGAUAGACAUGUCACCAAAAGCUUCGAAAUCCCAGCUGGAUCCUUUGGGAUGUUCACCAUCAUUGCUCUAACCAUCUGGGUCGUCCUCUACGACAGAGCAGUCCUUCCAUUAGCAUCGAAGAUAAGAGGGAAACCGGUACAUCUCAGCACGAAAACAAGAAUGGGGAUGGGGAUAUUUCUGUCUGCCAUAGGGAUGUUAUUCUCUGGGGUUGUCGAGCACGUAAGACGAAGGAAAGCAGUAGAACAAGGGUUCCUAAACAACCCCAGAGCCGUGGUGGACAUGUCGGCUAUGUGGCUUGUGCCCCAACACUGUCUGAAUGGGUUGGCCGAGGCGUUCAAUGCGAUAGGACAGACAGAGUUCUAUUACUCUGAGCUCCCAAAGAGCAUGUCGAGCAUUGCUUCGUCACUUUUUGGGUUGGGAAUGGCGGUGGCGAACCUGCUGGCAAGUGUGAUUCUAAGCACGGUGGACCGUGCAACGACCGGAGGGGGAGAGGGGGAGAUCAGUUGGGUGUCUAGCAAUAUAAACAAGGGUCAUUACGAGUAUUAUUAUUGGCUUCUUGCCAUCUUGACGCUCAUUAAUCUAAUCUAUUUUGGUGUUUGUAGCUGGAGUUAUGGGCCUUGUGUUGAUAAGCGUAGCAGGGUGAACAUUGAUGACCAGAAUGUUCUUCUACCUGAUACAAAGGACCCCCCAACUUCAACCCCUGCAACGCCAAUCGGCUAAUGUAGUAAUGUGUGUGUGUCUUGUGGAAAUGGUAGUUUGUAUUGUGUGGAAUGUGAUUUUCGUUUAUGGUUUGCUAUCUAAUGUCUUUGCUGGUUUGGGAU